AUGUCAGAUCGUUCUUCAAAUUCGGGUAAGGAACUUCAUGGAACGAAGAGGUCUCCGACCACUCCUCUGACACCGCUUAUGGAUAGAUAUAAUGUGCGAAGAAGAAAGUUGGUCGAUACAGGGACUACAAAAGAGGCGGAGGCAUUAUCUUCACCUGGAAAAGGUAAAAAUUCGACAAAGGAACGGAAAACGAUAGACCAAAAAUUGAGUAAAUAUACUUCACGUUUUGAUGCUGUGGAGCAUCUUUUGUUUGAAGAGCAUAAAAAAAACUGGAUUUUAUCCAAAAGAAGCAAGAACCUAGAGGAGUUGGUCAGCUUUUUACAACUUGAAAGGAGAUUUAAAGUUGAGGCCAAAAGUUCACAUGUCUAA